GAGCGAGAGGACAACAUCCUGGAGGCUGCUAAGCUCCUCAACAUCCCGACUGGAGGCUUCAGCUUUCAGCCGAACGGACCUGGCCAGGCUGCCCGGGUCUCUUCUGAGCAGUAGCAGCCUCUGAAUCGCUUCUCUCGGGGAAGGCUGGGUCCGAGAAAGUGACGCUCAUGUAUAUUCGGUCAGCUGUGUGUUCGCGGGCAUAAGGACGGGAAGACCCAGCGAUGUCUGCGCCCGGUUUCACUAACCUGAACAGCUCCGUCAGCUACAGCCAGAACUCUGCAGCGAACGGCGGAGCAGCGCCACCCUAUCAGAAUGGUCCGGUACAGAGCUACCCUUCCAUGUAUCCAAUUACAGGCUACUAUGGAGCUCCAGCUCAACAGCAACAGAGCUACUCCACCAUCCCAUCCCAAGCUACCCCAGUUUCCAGCAAAGCACCCAUCACGAACAGUGCCCACAGUGCUAACUACUACCAGAACAACCAUCCACAGCAGCUGCAACAGCACCACCUCCCUCAGCAUCAUGUAGCACCUUACAGUGCUCCACUGAGCUCUGCCCCUCCUUCUCAGCCAUAUGCCACACAUCCUUCUUCAGCACCUCCACCGUCAAAUGCCCAGUACAACCUACAGCCAUUCCAGCAGCAGCAGCAUCCACCCUACACCACUCCGGCAUCCUACUAUGGACCACAGUCAUACCAUGCUUCUCCAGCACAGCAGUCUCAGCAGCAGCAACAACAACCCAGUUUGGUCCCAAUGGCGGCGAGUGGGCCUGGAGGUCCUCUCUACCCCAUUGUUUCAUACCCGUCUGCUCCAGGAAGCAGCCAGUAUGGCACUCUGAGUUCCUCCCAGAGCACCACCCAGAUGGGCGCACCUUUACAUCAGUACGGUGCUGAGCCUCCAGCCUCCUCAGCAUCAGGGCAUUCUGGGUAUGGCAUGGCUCCUCCCAGCCAAGUGGCACCAACAGUGAAUGGUCAAGGAAGCACAGCCCAAAACGCAGUCCAUUCCCACUACAGCCAAACCAAUCAGGCUUCUCUGAGCUACAACUCCUAUGGUGGGGUCACUCAAAGCAGUGGUGGUGCUGAGGCAGACAGACCACCCUCAGGAACCCCUUCCGCUUCAGUCCAUUCCUCACCGGGCCACCGUCAAGGCAUGCAGUAUGGAUAUGUUGCUAAUAGUGGCGCUAGCUCUUCCUCUGCCAACACCUCAGGCCCAGCAGCAGCAGCCCCCUCAUCAUCCAGCUCUGAUGAUGACGAUGAGGAGGAGGAGGAGGAUGAGGAAGCAGGCGGUGACACAUCCUCUUCUUCUACUGGCAGUGCCUCUCCGGUGCCCAACAGCUACGAUUCCCUCGAAGGUGGCAGCUAUCCAGAAUCCAUGCCACCAUCCAGCAAUGUGACCAACCAGGCUCAGCCCUACGGUAGUUACGGUUACCCUGGCAUGCAGUCAGGUUAUCGGCAGGGACCGGCGUCCCACACUGACGCUCCCCUCCGACGACCUGUUAUGGCCAGUCAAACUACCAGCAGUACUCACAGUUUGGAUAAAGGCAAACCCAACCUGCGUUUGAUACCCAUCACUUAG